AUGAAUAGUAUAGAAGAUUCAUAAUCUUUAAUUUCUAAAGAAUCAAGAAUAAGAAGUGAAACAAUAAAUUCUUCUGAAAUUAAAAAAUAACAGAAAACAAAAAGACACAAAAAAUAAAAAAAAACUAAACUCGAAUAAUAAAAUAUGAUUAUAGAUGACUAUUUAAUAGCAAAUUAAUAAGGGCGAAAUGUACUCCAUAGAGCAUGUUUGGAAUAAAAUAGUUAAUUAAUAAACGAAAUAAUAGAUGACUAUAUAAAAAUAUACUCUUAAUUGAGUUAUUCAUAAUAAUAGAAAUAUAAAAAUAUAUAAAAUUAUAUUAAUACGGAAGAUGCUUUUUAAAAUACAGCAAUUAUUCUUUGCUGUUUAUAAUAAAAUUAAGAUUCUUUCAAAAAUAGGAUUUAAUGUAUUAGAAUUUUGGUCUCAAAAGAGGCUAGAAUUAAUUAGAGAAAUCCAAGGACGCUUUGGACUGCUUUACAUUGGUCAGCUUAUUAUUUAGAUUAUUAAAGUGUUAGUUUUUUAUUAUAGAAUGGGGCUUUUGCUUGUUUUCCGGAUUAUAUAGGAUAGUACCCUAUAGACAUGGCAGGAAUUUCAGGGAAUGUGAAGAUUAAAAAUAAUAAUUUACAAAAGGAAUAGAAUUAAAAUGCAAGGGAUGUGAUUGAUAUUAUUAUUUAGAAUUUAAACUAUAAAAUCUAAGAUUUGGAGGAUAAAGAAAAUGAAUAGCUAAAGGAUUUAUAAGAUAUAGAAAAAAAGUAAAAUGUGGAUUUUAAUAAUAAAUAGUAUUAAUUGGACGAAGAAAAGUAUUUAAAAACUCCUUUACUUAAAUAUAGACUUUUAUUUUGGGCAGUUUAUUAUUAAAUUGAUAAAAAUAAAAUAGAAAAACUUUGCAAUUUUUAAAGGACUUAUAUUAUGUAUAAAAUGUAAUCUAUGUAAUAAAUGACUAGUUUACAUGCAGCAGCAAAAAAAUGUGAAGGGAAAAAUAUAUAUAUAAUGGAAUAUUUAUUAGAUAAAAUAAAUAAGAAAUAAAAAUUUAAUUAAUAAUAGAAAUAAUUAUUAUAAGGAAUAAAUGAAAAAAAAAAAGUAAAAAAAUAAAAAUUCAAUAUUAAAGAAAAUUCCAUUUUAUGUUUGUUAGAAAUGGAAAAACUUUUAUAUUCAAAAACAUUCUUAAAAGAAAUUAAAUUAUUUGGAAAAUGGGAGAGAUAAUUUUUACAUAAUUAACUAUUAAUAGGAACUUACAAAUAAUAUAAUUAUUUAAAUUAAAAGGAUUUAUAUGGAAAUACUGCUCUUCAUUUAGCUUCUAUAAAUGGAAAUGUUGAAGCAGCUGAAUUAUUAUUAAAAUAAGGUGCUGAUAUGGAAUCUGAAAAUAAAGAAGGAUGGCGUCCUCGUGAACUAAUAUAAUUCGAUAAUAUAAAACAGUUUUACGAAAAAAAAUUUAACAACAAGAAGGUUAAAAUGAUAAUCAUUUGAGAUAAAUGAACUAGAUUUUAUAAUAAUGUUUAACAAAAUACAAACUAGACAAAAUAGAAAUCCGAAAUAAAUAAAGAACUAAUGAUUUGUAUAAAUUCGCAACAAAAUUAUCGCUUCCAGAUUAUGUUAUAGUAUUUAACUUAGAUGAAGAUUCU